AAGAUUCUGUGCCUGAUGAAGUAAGCCUCCUAACAGCAAUUGCACUCUUCCUGUGGUCUGCUGGUAAUGAAAUAAUAGGAGUCCAGUCUUUACAGAAUGGCUGCAUGAACAGAUUUAAAAAUGCAUUAAAUUCGUGUGACCCGUGGGUUCAAGCCAAAUGCUACCAACUCCUCCUCUCAGUCUUUCAACAUUCCAACCGUGCCCUCUCAACACCCUAUAUCCAUUCACUAGCUCCAAUAGUGGUUGAAAAACUAAAAGCUGUUGAAAGAAAUAGACCAACUAGUAACACAGAACUUUUAGCUGUUCAAGAAGGAAUUAAAGUUCUUGAAACAUUGGUUGCUCGUGGUGAAGAACAGAACAGUAAGUAUUUUCUUAUAAAAAGCUACUG